AUGUCUGCUCGAAGCAAAAGGCUUGUUGAAGCUGCAUUAAGUAGUCUGGGGACGAAAUCAAAUAAUGAAAAGGAUAUUAUGCAGCCCUGUACAGAUAUGGGAAAUCAAAAAGAGUUAAUAAAUAAUAAAGACUUCAUUGAAGAACAUAGGUGUAGAUCUGUACCUAACGAGAUUGGCCAGGAAAUUAUCGCUGACCAAAUUUUAUCAUCGUUGAUGUUACCAUCUGAAAAUACGAUGUUACCAAAUAAUAGUACCUCAAUUUCUGAAGGUGGUUUUGCACAAAAUCAUACUUUAUUAAGACCUGAUACUGCUUCAUCAGAAAACAAUACCCUUAACCAAGGCGAAUGGCAGGAAUGGGUCGUUAGACCAGGGUUCGAAAAGGAAUUUGUUUCUACAAAACAAAUGGAGGUUGCAGAAAACGAAGUAGUGGAAAUGGUGGUUGAAGAAAAUGAAGUAAUUGAAAUGGAGGUUGCAGAAAAUGAAGUAAUGGAAAUGGACAUCGCAAAAGAAUUAGAAAUAGUGGAACAUGAAGAUGAGAAAUCGGAAGAAAAAGAAAUGCAAGCAGCAAAUAAUGUGGAGCUAGAAGUUGCAAACGAUAUAUCUGUUUUCACCCAGGAGAUUGAAAUAGAGAAUGGAGGCGAGGAAAUUGGUUUGGAAAAACAAGUCAUAGAAGAUAAAUUGUCGCAAGAAGAAGGGACAGAAAUUGGUGACCGUAAAUCUGUCACCAGCUCUGACAGUGAUGGCUCCCUAAGUUUUUUUGAUAAACCCAUUUCACGCAUCAGUAAGAAACGACUUAAAGCCAAAAAGAGACGAGUUUCUGGUUUAUCUUACACUGGCUACAAAAAGAAAAAAUCAGAUAGAUCAUUUCUUUGUAAUCUAAUAUCUGAAAAUGAAAGGAAGUCAGCUUUUAAGACAUUCUGGAAUUUCAGUACUUGGUCCGAAAAGAAAGCGUUUGUGAAAGGUUUAGUAAGUACCAGACAUAUCCGCAGAAGACGAAAAAAGACAGAAAAUAAUGCGAAAGAGCUAAAGAAAAAUGUAGGUCAUGACAUAUUUUUGCCAAGAUCUAAUGGGGAAAAAGUGAAGGUUUGUAGGCUGUUCUUCAUCAAUACAUUAAAUUUAGGGGAAGACACAUUCAGAAGAUGGGUGCGAAGAAGCGAAGUUGAUACUGCAGCUAGUGAGGAUUCAGAAGGAAGUAUUGGCGAUAAAGGUGUUUCAUCUCCUCGAUCGAAGAAAAAGCCCAGACUAGAAGGAAGAAAGGAGAAUACUCAUAAAGAAAUGACUGAAAAUGUUUCAAGGUGGCUCGAAUUACUUCCUAAGCCUCGCAAAGACCAGUGCGAUGUAUGUUGCGGGUAUGAAGUAAAAACAGUUGCUCUAGAUGUAUAUCAGAACCAUAUCGUGAUGAAAAAUGAAGCAAGAGAGGCGAAAAAUGCAGCUAAAUCUGAAACUGAUGAUUCGCACUUAGUCUUGACUAUAGAUCUCCAAAGUGUUUUGCUCUGCCCCAAGACUGAAGCUUCAAGAAUGUUUUAUAAGCAAAAACUUCAGCUUCACAAUUUUACAAUUUUUGUAUUGAAUAACAAAGAUGUUUCAUUAUAUGUGUGGCAUGAAUCAAAUGGCGGCGUAUCUUCUAACGAGUUUACAUCAUGUAUUGUGGAUUUUCUUUCAUCAAAAUUAGAUAUAUACAAAAAAUUUACAAUUAUAUCCGAUGGAUGUAAUUAUCAAAAUCGCAAUAAGGUACUAGCUAGUGCUUUAAGCGAUUUGGCAAUUCAGAAAAAUAUUUUAAUCCAACAGCUGUUCCUUGAGAAAGGCCAUACAAUGAUGGAAUGCGACAGCGUUCAUGCUACACUUGAAAAAUAUUUUGUACCUCCCAUAAAUUCUCCUAGUGACUACAUAGCUCAAAUGAGAAAUGCGCGGCCAAAACAACCUUAUAAUAUUAAAAAAUUGCCAAGUAAUAUUCAGUCACUGCGACCCGGAAAGAAGGCGGGAGAUCCAACCGUGACUGACCUCCGAGCUCUAGAAUAUCGUCCUGACGGAGAGAUUUUAUUCAAACUACGGCAUUCCGACCCAUAUAAGCUACUACCACAACGAAGACUAAAACUUAACGUUAUUCAAAGACCAACCCAGCUAUAUUUACGUCCUAUUCCAAUAACCGAAUCGAAAUGGAAAUGCCUACAAGACCUUAAACUCGUGUUAGAAAGAGAUCAUCAUAGUUUUUACGAUAACCUACCUUACCAGCCGGAUAAGAAAACAAAAAAUAAACAUUAA